UGUCCAAGAUGAAGACGAUUCUGUCAUCAGAGACUAUGGAUAUUCCCGACGGUGUUAAGAUUAAGGUGAAAGCCAAGCAGAUCGAGGUGGAGGGACCCCGCGGGAAGCUGACUCGCAACUUCAAGCAUCACAACCUGGACUUCCAGCUCAUCACCGAUGAGGCUACCGGAAAGAGGAAGCUCAAGAUCGACGCUUGGUUCGUCUCCCGCAAGACUACCGCUGCCAUUCGCACUACCCUCAGCCACGUUGAAAACCUCAUCACCGGUGUUACCAAGGGUUACCGCUACAAGAUAAGAUUCGUCUACGCUCACUUCCCAAUCAACGCCUCCAUCACCAACUCCAAUCGUUCUAUUGAGAUCUGA